AUUCUUGUUCUCUAUUGUUUAUUCGGUUUGCAGCUAUCGCUCAGGUCGGUCCCAUGUCGGUGGAGAUGGAUUCGUUGGUGGAAAUACCGCGCGGCGAUUGGAUCAAGCUGCGCGAUCUCUAUUACAAACGAGACACUGAUCCACAUGGUUACAUGUGCAUUAAUAACUUUAUAAAUUGGGUCCAGCAAGAGCCAGAGCUGCCCGUCAGAGUAUUUUCGCUAAAUGGCGACUGGCAGCAAGAGGGAACAUUCGUAAUGGCCGUGGAUAUGGGCACUAAGCAUCAGCAUCUCUAUUUCAACACACUGGGCGAUGAUUUGAGCCGGGUGACCAAGGCACUGGAAUGCCUGAAGCCCUCAAAUGACGAGUACGUGUUCUUUGGGUACAGCUCUCGCUUUGAUCCUGUGGUCAGGCACAUUGGAACGACAUUCCUCACCAAAGAACUCAAUUUUGUGGACACCGUUUGGUAUUUUGCUGGUAAAGAACUUGUUUCCACUUUCACCAUUGAGGCCCCAAGUGGCAUCAGACUGGACAGCCUGAGAAUUGAAGAUGCCGAAACGGUCAACGAAAUCUGGCCACAUCGUAGUCAUAAUUCUGUGAAAGUUGUCCGGCGACAAAUUCAGUAUAGUGAGAAUGUCGGGGCCUACGAUGAGACUGGCAAAUUGGUGGCCUGGUGCCUGAGACUUACAAUUGGAUCCUUGGGCUUGCUACAAGUUCUGGAGUCCCAUAAACGUCUGGGCCUGGGCAACCUGAUGGUUCGCGCUCUGUCGAAAAAAAUCAAUGACUUGGGCGAACCUGUUGUGGCUCCGGUGGUGCCACAGAACACGGCCUCCCGCGCUAUGUUCGAGAAACUUGGUUUCCAGCAAAUUGAUAAAGUCUUUUGGGCCGAAUAAAUAGAUGAGAGAUAAGGAAAAUAAAAUAAGAAGAAUGAAUAAAAAAGUGA